AUGAACAAUUAUAGAAACUCACAGGUUCCUUAUAUCCCUGAUAAACGCUUUUCUCAGCCAAGUUCUGGCACCAUUUUUAAAAAUUCAUUUCAAAACCAGCCAUUUAAAAACUCCUCUGAGUCUUCUGCCACCUCCGGGUCCUUCGUCUACACGGACCCGGUGGUACCUUCACGAUCCAGUCUAGUUGAUAAUACAUUAUCUGCCCAGAUCUCCAUCAUGAGAAAAUACUCGUCUCCAAAAACAGAAUCAACAUUAGCUACACCAACAACAGAAUCCAGUCAAUACCCAACAAUGUCUUCAGGACGAUCCUCUAGCUCCUCAUUAAACUCUGCAUUUUUGACGGACGAUUGGGGGCUUGUAUAUGCUACAAACUUUCAAUCAAUGUCCAGCGACGAUGAAAAUGAGGAAGAAAAUGAAAAUGCAUUACCAAUUGAUCUGGCAGUUCCCACCAAGCCUCAGCCCAACUCUAUAAAGUGGCCUGGGAUUGUUGCCACAAACCCAUUUGGUCCUAUUGAGCCGUUCCAUCCCGAAAAGUAUGCCAAUGACGCUAGGAUUAUUCGUGAGCAUGCGCAUUGGCAGUCUCGAGAUGUAUUUGAUCAGCUUUUCAGCACGUGCAGGAAAGAGCAGGAAGAUAAGAAGGAAGAAACCGAGUAUGGUGAGCAAAGAGAGAAGGGAGAGGAAAAUGAAAAUAAAAAUGAAAAUGAAAAUGAAAAUGAAAACGAAAGUGGGUAUGAAUCAGAAGACCUGGAUAGUCUAGGGUUUCGCUUACAGAGAGACAUGGUUCUUGCAGCAUGCAACAAUUAUGAUAAUAUGGGUACUCCAACCAAAUCCAAGUCUAAACGGUCUAUUAAAGCUAAGAUUAAAAGUGCAAUUUUUUUUCGAAAGUAA